UGUAACGUCAAACCCAUCUAAAAACCUCAUUUCAAAUCACCACCACCAUCUCCGUCCCAAACACCCCCCAAAUCAACCAAUAUCAAAAUCCAAUCGCCACCACCAAAUGUCAAUACGCGCCACCGUACUCCGCUUCCCAUCGGAACCGGAAGCACAGGAAUCAUCAGGACUACCGUGGGGAGUAACGGUAACGCCGUUCGCAUCAAAAGAUGAAAACGGUAACGCUCCGGUGUACGGAUCCGGCGGUGAUUUGAUACCUAGGUGUGAAAACUGUUGGGCGUAUUAUAAUACUUACUGUGAUCAGGAACAGUGGGCUUGGUAUUGCUCUCUUUGCGGAACCAUAAACGGACUCUCUACCGAAACUAUUUCUCGUUAUUCGUCUUCCGUAUCGGCUCCCGAGAACGUCUCUUCUUUUAUCGACAUCGAAUUGCCUCUUGAAGGUUCUGAUGAGGAGGGGAUGCAAGCCAGACCGGUUUAUGUUGCCGCCAUUGAUUUGGCAUCCUCUGAAGAGUUUUUAGAACUUACGAAAAGUGGUUUGUUAGCGGCGUUGGAAGCUCUUAAGCCUGGUUCUCUUUUUGGGCUUGCUACAUUCAGCCACAAAUUGGGUUUGUAUGACGUGCAAGGACCUAUUCCCGUGGUGAAAAAUGUUUUCCUACCUGGGGAUGCUGAUGGAAGCCUAUCAUUUGAGCUUGAAGAUGCCAUGCCAUUGUUUUCGUUUUUGGCUCCAGUAGAAACUUGUAAGGAUCGAAUUGCAUCUGCCCUUGAAACGUUAAGGCCAACAUCAUCGUGGGGAGGUCCUGGUACAGCACAGGGAAUGGGAGGACGGGGCUUUGGGCUAGCGAUGGAAUCACUUAUUUCAUACCUCGGUUCUGAACAUGGCAACACUUAUGCGUUAGCCAGAAUCUUUGCUUUCCUAUCUGGACCUCCUGAUUUUGGACCUGGGCAGCUCGACACACAAAGAUAUGGUGAGCAAUAUGCUAGUAAAGGAGAGGAUGCUGAGCUGGCCUUACUUCCUGAACAGACACCAUUCUAUAAAGAUCUGGCUGCUGUCGCAGUUCAAGCAGGUGUUUGCAUAGACAUUUUUGCUGUUACAAAUGAGUACACAGAUUUGGCAUCCUUGAAGUUUCUUAGUAUAGAUAGCGGAGGCUCAUUGUUCCUGUACCCAAAUACUGAUGAUUCAACACUUCCUCAGGACAUGUAUCGUAUCUUAAGCCGCCCAUAUGCCUUUAAUUGUGUCAUGCGAUUGAGGACAUCCUCUGAAUUCAAACCUGGAAAUUCUUAUGGUCAUUUCUUCCCUGAUCCACAAUAUGAAAAUGUUCAGCAUGUUAUUUGCUGUGACUCAUAUGCUACAUAUGCAUAUGAUUUUGAUUUUGCAAAUAAUCAUGGGUUUUCCAGACACACAAAAGAGCUUCCUAUGAUACAGCUGGCUUUCCAGUACACUGUUGUGGUACCCCCAGAGGAACAUCUAACUCCUGGAUCAGGCCAGUCAAGUAGAUCGAAGUAUACCCUUAAAAGGCGACUGAGAAUUCGAACAAUGCAAUUUGGUGUUGCACAUAACUUCAAUGAGUUAUAUGACAGUGUUGAUCCCGAGGUCGUUCUUUCAAUACUGGUUCACAAGGUCAUUCUGUCAUCACUGAGUGAAGGAGUUAAAGAAGGCAGGAUGUUACUACAUGAUUGGCUUGUAAUCCUGACGGCCCAAUACAUCGAGGGAUGCAAGAAUGUUCCCAAUGAGUUUGGAAGUUCAACGGGCUCACUUAUUGAUGUCACAUUCUCUCAAUGUCCACAAUUACAGCCUUUACCGCGUCUAAUCUUUGCUUUGCUCCGAAACCCUCUUCUGCGCUUCCAUGCAGAAGGCAUUCACCCAGAUUAUCGGAUAUACCUUCAAUGCUUGUUCAGUGGACUUGAACCAAGUUCCCUUCACCGCGCAAUAUAUCCUCUGCUGUCAUCAUAUUCAACUCCAGAUAAACUAGCAUAUCCUCGCCAUUCUUUGAGCCGUGCCGCAUUGCUGACAAGUGAAAGUCCUAUAUUCUUUCUCGAUGCAUUCACAACUCUCAUUGUAUUUUAUUCAUCUACAGCUGACCCUGCCCUUCCGUAUCCUCCACCACAGGAUUGUUUAUUGAGAGCAACAAUAAAUAAGCUGAAGCAAGAGAGAAGCGUGACUCCUAGACUGACUUUUAUUAGAGGUGGUCAAGAAGAUGCCACACUGUUUGAGAGUUAUCUAAUUGAAGAACAGGAUGUUGAUGGAAGUGGAUUUGCAACGGUUAUGGGUUUUGUUUCCUUUCUCGAGGAGAUAGGUCAGAGUGUUCUAGAAUACAUGAAAUAGAAGUUUUGUACAUAUUGCAUCAGGGGUUGUAGGCUUUUGUAUUACACAUGAUAGUGAGUUAUUAUGCAAAGUGAAUCAUUUACAGAGCCUUUUUAUAGGUAUGUCUUUUCAGAUGAGUUUUAGUGUGUGUAAUAAGAGCUAAAUCUAACAAUUGCCCUCUCUUGUGUCUAGUAGUUAAAGAUCAUUAUCGAAACUAUACACAUUGCUGUUGUAAAAGUAACCACCAUUUUUCUUUGCCGGUAAAUGUUCUGCUAACAA